AUUAAUGACUUUGGUGCUGGUGUCUUCGUAUUUGUUUUGUUUGAGAUUUCUGGAAUUUGAAAUAAAAAGAUAUGAUUUUUGCAUCUUCUUUUGUUUGUUGGGAUGAUCUUUAAUUGUUAGAGAACUCGUCUUUGAUUUGCUGAGGCACCAAUGUGAGUCUGUGAGUUUUAUCAUGAAACUUGUAUAGUAGUGGUCAUCGUAUUCCCGCGUAUCUUACAGCGGAAAAGAAAUUGAAGUGGGAGAUAGAUGGCAGCAAACAUUCAGUCUGUUUAUCAGAUGUGGGCAGAACAAGGUUUUGGAUUGAGGCUAUGACAUGUUGAACUGUCUAUAAAAAGAUGUUUUUUUCAACUCUAUCCACACAAUUCCACUUAUCUUGUCCUCUUUGUCCACUUCUGAAAGCGUUACGGCGGGGAGAAGUCUCAGAGGUCAUUGGACCUCUUUAUUGUAUUGUACUUCACUACUACACCUCCCACCAAGGCACGCGUCGAACAUUAAAAGAUUGUUUCUUUAAAUAGUGCAAGGAGAUUUUCUAGUUUGAAACGACAAGAAUCUGUUUUGUCUUUCAGUACAAGUGAGCGUUUUAGGAUAAACCUCUCACUUGGCACCGGCAGUUCUCAUUCCCACUUGUCAUAUUGUACCGCUGAAAAUAUGUAGAGUAAAUCUUUUGCUAGCUAUAAGAAGGGAUUUCAUGUCUUCCCUUCCUAGGAUCCCGUGCCAGCUGAAAUCGUGUUUCUUUUCCCUUAGAUGGUCUCUUAUUAUUCUCUUUGUCCAUGACAAGGGCUUGAGAACUUAUUCCUUUUGUCAGUGUAUCCUUUUGGUUUAUUUACUUUCCAGAUUUGGCUGGACCAUUUCCCUUCUUUACCUCUUAUUUGAUUUUUCCACCUAAAUCCUCGAAAUUCUUGUAGCUUUUUGACUUUUCUAAGUUUCUUGCAAAAUAAUUUGUGUCUUCAGAGUCAUUGCUGUAGACAUAUUCUUUGCCUGGUCAGUGAUUGACCACCUCUUAUCAGAAAAAUAAAGUUUAUAUAUCUGGCUGGAACGCCUUUUUAUAUUUCUAAAAGAACCAGAUACUGACUAGUGAAAGUGAAACAAUUUUUAAAAUAAAUCUUCAGGGCCGUUUCUGCUUUUGUUUAUUUGGCAAUUUGUUUCCCUUAAGCUUCCAUCGUAUGCAGGUUCAACUGGGGUGGUUCCAGAAAUGAAUGGACCAAAAAACUAAUAGCUGGCAGAUUUUAAGAUGUCACCAUCCGUUCUUCAGUCUUGUGUCAACCCACCAUGCUGAGCACUUUAGAUCUUGUAGUUGCUAUUAGCUUAAGCCUCUUCUUUAAGCAGGAAAUGGAGCUUUCACUGAUAGGAUUACAAAAUGCAGGAAAAACCUCUCUUGUAAAUGUUAUUGCUACUGGUGGAUACAGUGAAGACAUGAUACCAACUGUGGGAUUUAACAUGCGCAAAGUGACUAAAGGAAAUGUCACCAUAAAAUUGUGGGAUCUUGGAGGUCAACCCAGAUUCCGCAGUAUGUGGGAGAGAUACUGUCGUGCAGUUUCUGCUAUAGUUUAUGUUGUUGAUGCUGCUGACCCUGAUAACCUCAGCAUUUCAAGUAGUGAACUCCAUGACCUUCUGAGCAAGCCAUCACUCAGUGGUAUUCCAUUGCUGGUGCUGGGAAACAAGAUCGACAAGGCUGGUGCCCUGUCCAAACAGGCUUUGACUGACCAGAUGGAAUUGAAAUCAAUAACUGACAGAGAAGUGUGCUGCUAUAUGAUCUCGUGCAAGAAUUCCACCAAUAUUGACUCAGUCAUUGAUUGGCUUGUUAAGCACUCGAAAUCAAAGAGCUAAGGAUAUCAAAAACUUUUUUGUAGUGGUGCUGAUUUGUAUGUUAAAUUCGCGAGGCUAUUGGUUUUUGCUGCUGGUUUCUCCAGAGUUCUUUUGUAUUGUAAAUUAAAUUAUUUUGUCAAUUGAAUGAGUUGUUACAUGUUUUUUUCUUUUUGCGUUCUUCUGUCUCAACUCUCUCUAUUGUGUGUGCCAUUCCUCUUAGUGUUUAUGGCACGAAUUUGUGUGAAAGGAUGGAUCUUUUAUUUAUUAGUAGAAGAAUACUAAGUUAUCAUAAUAUUUCUGUUA